GGCCGCAGAAGUGGGCAGACCACAGGCGUCACUACCUGCAUGAGCCACCGCUAACCGGCUAGCGUGGCCUGUGGGGCAGGCGCCCAAAGGUUGGGGUACGAGUAAGAUCAACCGAGGCAACUUGCGGAGUGCAUCUCUCCUCCGGCGCGCGGUACAAUGGCCAUCUGCUACUUCUCCCCUUCCGUACUUUUCUAUCGUCUGCGACCAGAUCGAUUACUACGUUCCCAUCCAUUUUCGCCAACUUAGAUAGAUCCAUUGACCAAGAUGAAGGGCAUUCAGAUUAAGGAGUACGUCAAGGGACCGGAGGAUUUGAAAGUCCAGACCUUCCCAGAUCCUUCGCCAAAAGAGGACGAAUACCUGAUCGCCAUCCAUGCCUCCGCCACCAACUUCUUCGACCUGUUGCAGAUCCGCGGCAAAUACCAGCACCAGCCACCUUUUCCUUGGAUCGCUGGCUCUGAAUUCUCGGGCGUAGUCCUGAAAGCACCCUCUUCGCUGCCGGGCGGCCGGAAGCCUCUCUACAAAGUUGGCGACAAGGUGUUUGGUGCAAGCCAAGGCGGAUAUGCGACGCACGUUGCAUGCUUGGAGAAGGCGUUGAAGCCUGUCCCGGAAGGUUGGAGCUUCGACGAGGCUGCGGGCAUGUUUGUGACUGCACCCACCAGUUACGCAGGUCUAGUCACAAGGGCAAACAUCAAGAAGGGCGACUGGGUACUUGUCCACGCAGCAGCCGGUGGUGUCGGACUUGCUGCUGUCCAAAUUGCCAAGGCCUUCGGCGCAACCGUCAUCGCGACUGCCGGCACUCAGCACAAGCAAGACAUUGCCUGCAAAUUUGGAGCCGACUACGCCAUCGAUUACCGAAAGCCAGACUGGCCGGAGCAGGUCAAGAAGCUGACACCCAAAGGCCGUGGUGUCGAUAUUGUGUAUGAUCCUGUGGGCCUCAUCGCGCAGUCGAUGAAGUGCACAGCAUGGAACGGCAGGCUGUUAGUUGUUGGAUUCGCCGCUGGCGAUAUUGAGAAGAUGGCGACAAAUCGCAUCCUGCUGAAGAACGUCAGUGUCGUCGGGCUGCAUUGGGGCAUGUACGCCGUCAAUGAGCCCGAGAUGGUCGACAAGGUGUGGGAGGGUAUCUUUGAUCUGGUUCGGCAAGGCAAGUACAGGGGCACGUGCUACACUGAUACCGAGUACGUUGGUCUCGAGAGCGUGCCGGCUGCAUUGAAGGCAUUGGGCGGUCGUGAUAGCUGGGGUAAAGUUGUCAUCAAGGUGCCGCAGGAGGGACAGAGCAAGAUCUAGGCUGUGGUAGCUAUUGAUCGAGCUUCCAUAUCGCCGGUACCGAAUUGGGCUUUCGAGGCAUGCUCCCCUUGCGUAGUGUGAAUGUGCUAUGAGCGAUACGUGGACGUUCGCCAAUCCGAUGUCUCUAACAUUGGCACACCUUAUUAGCAACCGACCGCAUGAAGCCAGACUUAAAAAAAAAUUGUUUCCAAAUCUCGCCGUCCGAGUUGGAGGCCUGGGGUGAUUAGAGGGCGCCUGCAGGUGCCAAGACUAAAUCGCGCUAGUGCUCCAUCGUUCUUUGAGGCAGUCGCCGCCCGUCGCGAACACGAC